UAAUACUAAUGAUAAUUACAAAUUUUAAUUUCAUAAUAUUUGCUCAACAGUAAUCAGUCACUGACUGCUUCUUCUCCAGAUCUGCUCUGACAUCCUGGCGAUUGAUUUUAGCUGAUUGGUAUCAGAGAGUUUGUUAACUAGAGUGAAAUGGAAGGGGGAGAGGGAUCUUUAGACAAGGUCCCGACCUCCAAUACAAAGACAUCGUCUUCUGCUGAGAGUGUGAAAGCAACAACAAAAAGUGUUACUAAACCAACUGUUUCCUCAUCUUUGAAAGUCUCUGGUUCUACUACUGGCUCCACCCGAAAAAAGAUAGAACCUACGACUGUUUCUAAUGCGGUCAAAUCGACUCUAAGAAAAUCGGCCAUAGAUCAAGGCAGUGAAACUUCUAACGCUGUUCCUGCUGUUAGAAGGAAUAGCACAGGGAGUUCAAAGGAGAAGCAAGCUACAGUUAAGAAACCAACUACUAGUGUUGAUUCAGCCACAAAAAGGCCAUUGAGGAGGUCUCUUCCAGAAGCACGUAGGAGUUCACUACCUUCACCAGCUACCAAACCUUCGGUUCGUGCAAGCUCAUCUGAAACUAAGAAUUCGGUUAUUACUUCUCCUGUUGUUAAAACUCCUAGAACCAUGGGCAGUAAUGUUAAAUUAUCUUCAUCACUUUCUUCAUCAUCAAGAGUCCCUUCAACGUCCAUAGACAGCACAGGGAGCAGCAUGCUUAGGAAAUCAAUCUCGAAACUAUCUUCUUCAUCUGCCCGAUCAUCUGCAGCUUCCAGUGGAUCAAAUUCCGGAUCUUUGUCGUCUUCUCGAGAAAGAAUGUCUACUUCAUCGAGUUUAAGAAAAGCAACUCCUGACAUUAGGGUAUCUCGUUUGAUCAUGCUUCCCCAAGUUGAGGCCAAGGCCGGUGAUGAUGUGAGGUUGGAUCUUAGGGGUCACAGACUUCGUAGUCUGAAAGCUAGUGGGCUGAAAUUGUCAUCUAAUCUGGAGUUUGUUUAUCUCCGAGACAACCUGUUGUCUUCAUUAGAAGGCAUUGAAUUACUGACGCGAGUGAAGGUUCUUGAUUUGAGUUUUAAUGAUUUUAAAGGGCCUGGGUUUGAACCACUUGAAGCUUGUAAAGCCUUGCAGCAACUCUACCUUGCUGGGAAUCAAAUAACAUCACUUGCGACACUUCCUGCACUCCCAAAUCUGGAGUUCCUCUCGGUUGCACAAAAUAAGUUGAAGUCUCUUUCAAUGGCCAGUCAACCACGGUUGCAGGUCUUAGCUGCCAGCAAGAAUAGGGUAUCAACGCUGAAGGGUUUUCCAUGUUUACCAUCACUUGAGCAUUUACGGUUAGAGGAGAAUCCUAUUCUUGAGAUGGCACAUGUUGAAGCAGCUUCCAUUUUGCUUGUUGGCCCAACCCUGAAGAAAUUUAACGAUAGAGAUCUUUCUCUUAAAGAAAUCGCACUUGCAAAACAUUAUCCUGCGCAUACAGCAGUUUGCAUUGCAAGAGGUUGGGAGCUUUGCAGCUCAAAACAAGCCGUAGAGUCGACUUUUAACUUUCUGGUCGAACAAUGGAAAGACCAAUUUCCUUCUGGUUACAUGCUCAUGGAAGCCUCAGUUGAUCAACCAUUUGAAGAAGAUGCCUGUAACUGUCACUUUCUUUUUACCAAAGAUAAGAUCAUAAAUGACGAGUCAGAAUUAGUUUUGAAUUAUCAAUGGUUCAUUGGAGGCACUGCUCUUGCAAACUUCACUGCAAUUCCAGAUGCUACUAGUGAGGUAUACUGGCCAAAACAUGAUGACGUGGGCAAGAUUUUGAAGGUGGAGUGUACUCCUGUACUUGGAGAUACUAAAUAUUCCCCAAUUUUUGCUAUAUCUUCACCAGUUACUCCAGGAACUGGAUGCCCGAAGGUUCUGAAGCUUGAUGUGCGUGGAGAACUAGUUGAGGGGAAUAUAAUUACAGGCCACCCAGAGGUUGCAUGGUGUGGUGGGACCCCAGCAAAAGGCAUUUCUAGUUGGUUAAGGAGAAAAUGGAACAGCAGUCCAGUGGUGAUUGCUGGAGCAGAAAAUGAGGAAUAUCAAUUGAAUCUAGAUGAUGUUGAUUCCUGCCUAGUGUAUAUGUACACUCCUGUAACAGAAGAAGGAACCAAAGGAGAGCCUCAAUAUGCAAUCACGGAUUAUAUAAAACCUGCUUCUCCAUCUGUUAGUAACGUGCAAUUAGUUGGAGACGUUGUAGAAGGAAAUGCUAUUACUGGGGUAGGCGUGUACUUUGGAGGAAAAGAAGGACCAAGCAAGUUUGAAUGGUUGCGCGAGAACAAAGAUACGGGAGACUUUGUCUUGGUAUUAACUGGCACUACUGAGUACAUUUUGUCCAAGGAUGAUGUCGGUUCACGUCUGGCAUUUGUAUAUCUUCCAGUAAAUUUUGAGGGCCAGGAAGGAAAAUCUACAUCAACACUUUCUCAAAUAGUCAAGCGAGCUCCGCCAAAAGUUACACACCUAAAGAUAAUCGGUGAUCUAAAAGAAGGAAGUAAGGUUACAGUGGAAGCUAACGUAACUGGAGCUACUGAAAGAUCUAGCAGAGUUCAGUGGUUCAAAUCAUUUUCUUCAGUUUUGGAUGGUGAGAAUGGUCUCGAAGCAGUUAUCACAUCCAAAUUCGCCAAGGCAUUUCGCAUCCCUUUAGGCGCAGUCAAAUGCUACAUUGUUGCCAAGUUCACUCCUGUGAAUGAAGAUGGUGAAUCUGGUGAACCAGCAUACGCUAUAUCAGAUAGAUCAGUCGAAACUCUUCCUCCAAAUCUAAAUUUCUUAUCCAUAACUGGCGAUUACUCAGAAGGGGGAAUACUUACAGCAUCUUAUGGGUACAUAGGGGGUCAUGAAGGAAAGAGUAUAUACAAUUGGUAUCUUCACGAGGUUGAGACUGACCCUGGUAUGUUGAUACCUGAGGUCUCCGGUAGUCUUCAGUAUAAUGUUACGAAAGAUGCAAUUGGUAAAUUUAUCUCCUUUAAAUGCACUCCAAUACGUGAUGAUGGGAUUGUGGGAGAGUCAAGAACUUGCAUGGGACAAGAGCUUGUUCAGCCAGGAAGCCCUAGAUUGUUGUCUCUGCACGUGGAUGGAACUGCAGUUGAAGGCACUUUUUUAUAUGUUAACAAACAAUAUUGGGGUGGUGAAGAGGGAGACUCUGUUUUCCGUUGGUUCAGGACUAGCUCAGAUGGUGUGCAAAAGGAAGUUGCCGAGGCUACCACUUCAUCAUACUUGCUAUCAGCUGAUGAUAUUGGCUUUUUUUUGUCAGUUUCAUGCGAACCUAUGAGAAAAGAUCGAGCGCGUGGUCCUAUUAUAUUAUCUGAACAAAUUGGACCAGUAUCUCCUGGGCCACCAACUUGCCAGUCACUUGAAUUCAAUGGCUCAAUGAUAGAAGGGGAGCGAUUGACUUUCAUUGCAUCGUAUAGCGGAGGGGAUAAAGGUGCCUGUUUCUUUGAAUGGUUCAGAAUAAAGGAUAAUGGUUACAGGGAGAAACUGCAUUCUAGUGAGCAUCUAGAUCUGACCUUAGAGGAUGUGGGAUCAUGUGUAGAACUUGUUUAUACACCUGUUCGAGGAGAUGGAAUUAAAGGGACACCAAAAAGUAUAGUAUCUAUCCCAAUCGCUCCAGCUGAUCCUGUGGGUGUGGAACUUCAGAUUCUUGAUUGCUGUGAGGACAAGGUUGUGGUUCCUCUGAAGACAUACUUUGGUGGACAAGAAGGAGGUGGAAAAUAUAUAUGGUACAGAAGUCGAUCCAAACUUGAUCCAUCUGCUCUCAAGGAUAUAUUAGAUGCUUAUGAGGAUGUGACUAUAUGCGGGAAAACAUUAACAUACACUCCAUCACUGGAAGAUGUGGGUUCUUAUUUGGCUUUGUAUUGGGUCCCAACUCGUGUAGAUGGACAAUCCGGUGAACCCUUGGUGUCUGUUUGCAACAGUCCAGUGAGUCCAGCUCUUCCUGUAGUAUCCAAAGUUAGUGUGAAGGCGCUGUCCUUAAGCACUUUUUCUGGUGAUGGAGAAUAUUUUGGUGGUUAUGAAGGAUCAAGCAUCUUUAGUUGGUACAGAGAACCUAUGGAGGGAGCACCUAUUUUAAUAGACGGUGCUAACUCUAGAACAUAUGAAGUUACGGAUUCAGAUUACAAUUGCCGAUUAUUAUUUGGGUAUACACCGGUUCGUUCUGAUUCAGUUGUUGGAGACCUAAAGCUGUCUGAGCCAACAGAUGUGAUCCUACCAGAGCUUCCCCGAAUAGAGAUGCUUGCUGUGACUGGUAAGGCAAUUGAGAGGGAAGUACUAACUGUUAUAGAAGUUAUCCCAGAGAGUGAUGCUCAGCAGAAUGUCUGGCAAAAGUACAAGAAACAUGUCAGAUACCAGUGGUAUAUGUCUUCUGAAAUGGGAAGCAAUGGCUUUGAGCCAAUACAAUCACAAUGUUCUUGCUCAUAUAACCUGCGGUUUGAUGACAUUGGUUGUCGUUUUAAAUGUGAGUGCAUUGUAACUGAUACAUUUGGAAGAUCUAGUGAGCCGGCAUAUGUCGAAACUGCCCCUGUUUCUCCAGGAUUACCUAGAAUGGAGAAGCUGGAAAUUGAAGGCAGAGGUUUCCAUACCAAUUUAUAUGCUAUUCGUGGGAAUUAUAGUGGAGGGAAGGAAGGUAAGAGUAAAGUCCAGUGGCUGAGAUCAAUGGUUGGCAGUCCAGAUUUAAUUUCUAUUCCAGGUGAGACAGGAAAGAUGUAUGAAGCAAAUGUUGAUGAUGUGGGUUACCGGCUGGUUGCUAUUUAUACUCCUAUAAGAGAAGAUGGGGUAGAAGGCCAUCCAGUUUCUGCUUCAACUGAACCAAUAACUGUUGAACCUGAUGUUCAUAAAGAAGUAAAGCAGAAGCUUGAUCUUGGCUCUGUCAAGUUUGAAGCAUUAUGUGAUAAGGACAGAUCUUCGAAGAAGGCUCCUGGGGUAGGUAGUCUUGAGAGAAGAGUAUUGGAAGUUAAUAGAAAAAGAGUGAAGGUCGUAAAGCCUGGUUCCAAGACUUCUUUCCCAACAACGGAGAUUCGUGGAAGCUAUACUCCUCCAUUCCAUGUGGAGAUUUUUAGGAAUGACCAACAUCGGCUUAAGAUUGUUGUGGAUAGCGAUAAUGAAGUAGAUCUGAUGGUUCAAACACGACACCUAAGAGAUGUAAUUGUGCUAGUGAUCCGAGGCUUUGCACAGAAAUUCAACAGUACUUCCCUUAACUCCCUUUUGAAGAUUGAGGCAUGAUCAAAUGAUCCAGUCUUUUUUGGAUUUGAGUCUAUAUAGUGACAGUUAUUUGCUUGGUUUCCUUGUUAAAUAUCCCAUUGAGAAAAAAGAACAGUAUAUAUGUCCCAUUAUGAUUGUGAUGUUUGUUGUAGGAUGUAUAUGGUUUUCAACUUUGUGUUCUUCCAAAUAUUUGAUUUGAUUGUAUGGUUUUUGUUUGCCAACUCUGAUGGAUGUAAAAUGGCAUUUAUCAUUUCUUAUAUAUCUUUUAACUUGCAACA